AUGGUGUCUGGUUCCAGAGCCGACGGCGGCGGCGCGCAAGUUAUAUCGGCGGGCGUGCGUAGAACGAUUCAAUCGAUCAAAGAGAUUGUGGGCAACCACUCGGACGCCGAUAUUUACGUGGCCCUUAAAGAGACCAAUAUGGAUCCUAAUGAAACCACUCAAAAGUUGCUCAAUCAAGAUCCAUUCCAUGAGGUGAAGAGGAGAAGAGACAGGAGAAAGGAGAUCGCACCUUAUAGGAGCUUUUCUACACCAGAGCCUCUGAAAAGCCCUGAGCCUGCACGUAUGCCGGUGAAGAAUAGUACUUACUCCGAUCGUAAUGCUCGAAGAAGUGGUUAUAGUCGAGCUACUGUAACUGGAGCAAGCCAGGAGUUUCGUGUUGUCCGAGACAAUAGAGUCAAUCAGAAUUCUAGUGCAGACUUAAAACCUGCUCAAGGUGCAAGCGAGGUGGUUAUCUCCAGUGGGUCUACCAUGAGUUCAACUGAAACUUCUGGACGUCAAGAGCCUUCAGUUGGUCAGCAUUCAUCUCGGGCUCUUAAUAGUCCUGCUGUUACACAACCGAAGCAAGCUAAGGUUCCUGCAUCAGGUGGUAAUGAUGGGAAAGAAAUUCUUUUGGAGAAGCACCUCCCGAUUGAAAGAAAUUCACGGGUGCAAACAAAAGCGAAUGGCUCUCAACCAUACUCGACAGGUUCUUCCAGUAGUUCUGUUGUGGGUGUUUAUUCAUCAAAUUCCGAUCCAGUUCACGUGCCAUCCGUUCAUUCUAGACCCGCUGCCAAUAUUGGGGCCAUCAGGCGGGAAGUUGGAGUUGUGGGACCUCGUCGCCAGUCUUCUGAAAAUUCUGCCAAGUCCUCGGCAUCUCAGAGCACCCGUUUGCCCAAUAAACAAUCAGGACGAGAUGGUCAACCACGGGAGUCAACAAGAUCAUUCAACGCUAUAUCUAAAAGUGAACAGGCGAAUCAAAAUAUGGCACCCGAGUCUGCGGUACCUGUGAACAAGUCUUUCGCAAGCAAUCAUCAGUAUGGUAGUAGCAGACCUCAUCAACCCAUGGGUCAUCAGAAAGCUUCGCAGCGUAAUAAAGAAUGGAAGCCAAAAGCAACUGCAAAACUGGGUGCCAGUGGUCCUGGGGUUAUUGGAAGCUCUGUAAAAACUGUUUCUCCUCCUUCGGAUAAGCCAGAUAUAUUGAGAAAGGAGGAACCUCAGAUAGUAGAUAACGUGUCACGAUUAAACAUAUCUGAUAACCAAAAUGUGAUUAUAGCUGCCCAUAUUCGUGUUUCUGAGACGGACAGAUGUCGACUGACCUUUGGCAGCCUCGGAACCGAUUUAGGUACACCAGCAAAUUCGAUGAGUGUGGCUGUGGGUGCAGAAGCUCUAUCUAUCAAUCCUUCUGGAAGCGUAUCCAUCUCAUCCCCAGAGUCAUCGGGAGAUGAGCAGGCCAAGCCGUUAGAGACGAUGGAUGAUUCUGUUCGAAGAUCAGGGUCUGAUUCCCCUGCUUCUAGUGGUAUAUCUGAUCAUAAACCAACUGGGAAUGAAGGGUCUUCAGUGCUCCAGGAUAUGGGCAACUAUGCCGGUUCUGGCCUGGUACGGGACAAUAGCCCAUCUUACGCCCCUGAAACACUACAGCAGCAAGACACAUCUGAACUGCCAAGCUUCUCCGGUUAUGACCCACAGGUGGGCUAUGACAUGGCGUACUUCCCCCCAAUUGCCGAUGAAACUGUUGGAGGAACAGGUCUACCUUCAUCUCAAGAGGUCCCGAGCACUCACACAACAAACGCUAUUCCCGUCUCGUCAAUUGCAAUGGUUCAACAACAGCAACAGCUGGCCCAGAUGUAUCCCCAGCUUCAGUUUACCAACCUAAUGCCGUAUCGCCAGUUCGUAUCUCCAAUUUACGUUCCUCCAAUGCCUGUCCCGGGCUACUCUAACAGCCCCGCCUAUCCUCACCCGUCUAACGGCAACGGCUAUGUGCUGAUGCCCGGUAACAGUGCCCAUCACCUAACGGCCAGCGGUGUCAAAUAUAGUGUCCAGCCGUUCAAGCCCGUACCAGCUGGCGGGCCCACUGCUUUCGGAAAUUUCACUAGCCCAACUGGCUAUACCAUCAAUACGGGUAAUGAUGAGUUGUCCCGGAUAAAAUAUAAAGAUAAUCUUUAUGUCCCGAAUCCUCAGGCGGAGACAUCUGAAAUUUGGAUGAACCCAAGCGAACUUCAGUCGGCUUCAUAUUACAACAUGCCGGGGCAGACACCUCAUCAUCCCACCGGUUAUCUGACAUCACACAGUGGUCAUCAUCAUGCUUCUUUCACGGCCCCUCAAUCUUCUCACGUGCAGUUCCCAGGUAUGUAUCACCAUCCAUCACCUCAGCCUGGGCCCAUUGCUGGGCCUCACCAUGUGGGUCCCAAUAUGGGUGGCAGUGUUGGGGUUGGUGUGGCGGCACAGAGUCCCGGGCCACAAAUGGGUGCCUACCAGCAACCUCAAUUGGGCCAACUGAAUUGGACAGGGAAUUUUUGA